CAGCCUACAGCUCCCACUUGCAAGGACACCAAUCAGGGGGCAUUUGCUCCUUAGUGUCAGAGCAAGGCUGGUGCUGAUGGUGCGGUGCUCACAGCUACUCUCCCAUCUGAUCGAAGCCAGUCCUAUGGGCUUCCUGAUGCUUGUUCCUCCUCCGAGCUCUGUGCUUUCAGGACAAAGGUUUUGUCUCUUUCCAGGUCUCAGGGCCCCUCGACCAGCUUUCAUGUGUCACCGCAGGCAGGCCACUGAGCUCCAGGAGGAGGACCCUGAGGACUCUGAUGAAGAAUGGACUCCAAGGCAGCAAGUGAAACUUUCUUGGGUGGCCUUCAGAAAGAAACAGAGUAAACACCAGAAGGCAAUAUCCAAGGUGCCAUUAAGCAAAGAACAUAGUUUGAAGGAAUUGUCAGGAACAGCAAAUUUGAUGACUACAAGUGAGUCAGAGCAUGCCCAGAAACCAGUGUCCCCUCCUGGAGAAGCACGUGCCUUUGGAAAGCACACUAGACGAAAAUCAGAACUCAGGAGAAAGGAGAUUGAUGUGAAGUAUAGUCAAAAAGAAAGAAUGGGUCAUGUGUACCAAGAAGUCACAGAACGCCAGGAUGAUGACUACCUUUAUUGUGAGAAGUGUCAGAACUUCUUCAUCGACAGCUGUGCUGUGCAUGGGCCCCCUACGUUUGUAAAGGACAGUGCAGUGGACAAGGGGCAUCCCCACCGCUCAGCCCUCACCCUGCCCCCUGGGUUGAGAAUCGGGCCAUCCUGCAUCCCUGAGGCUGGGCUUGGAGUGUGGAAUGAGGCAGCUGAUUUGCCAGUGGGUCUGCACUUUGGCCCUUAUGAAGGACACAUCACAGAAGAUGAGGAGGCAGCCAAGAGCAGAUACUCCUGGCUGAUCGCCAGAGGGAGAAACUGCUAUGAGUAUGUGGAUGGAAAGGACAGAUCCUGGGCCAACUGGAUGAGGUUUGUGAACUGUGCCCGGGAUCAUGAAGAGCAGAACCUGGUGGCCUUUCAAUACCACAGGCAGAUUUUCUACCGAACCUGCCGGGUCAUCAGACCGGGAUGUGAGCUGCUGGUCUGGUUCGGGGACGAGUAUGGCCAGGAGCUGGGCAGCAAGUGGGGCAGCAAGUGGAAGAGAGAGCUCAUGGCCAAAAAAGAGAGUGGAAAGGAGGGAGAAAGAAAAAUCAAUGUGCAAGGGAAACAUUAACCGGUUGUCUAUGGCGCACCCCCAACUGGCCCACAACCCUGGCAUGGGCCCUGACUGGAAUUGAACUUGAAACCUUUCCAUUUCCAGACAACACUCAACCCACCAAGCCACACCAUUCAGACAGGGCACAU